UUACAUUUUAUUUUCACCCUGUUCACACCGUCCAAAACAAAAUGUCAAACACUAUAUGGAUAUAUACUUUAUGCUAACCAAAGUAUUUGGACACCACAGCAGCAUGUGCUUUUUGACUUCAAAACCGUUGCCAUUAAUUGGGGUUUAACUGUGAUAUAUUAGAAUCUUAAGGCAUCUUGAUUCUUGUAACUUAAUACAAAUCAGAUUAGUUUAGUGGUAUUCCUAAGGGGCAAUUCCUAUGUCAUUUUUGGCCAACAGUUGCUGACAGGUGUCACUGCUACAUAACUCUCAUUCUUCUUGCAACCUAAUCUUGGUGUCCCCAUAGAGAGACACCAUCAUUUGCAGAUACUCUGUUGUGCACCCUCCUCCACUUAAGUUCAUCCACCAGCUUCCUAGAUUAGACUAACAGUCUAUCUAACACACCCCCACAUGCCUGCACUAAUCCCACAUUCAAGUAUUGAGGCAGCGUAAAAGUUCAUACUCACAAAGGAGACAUAGCAUUACAAGUAUGAGCAACUUUGGGUACCACAAACAGCUUGGUAAGUAUGAGGACAUCGAUGAAGAUGAACUUCUGGCCUCGCUGACUAAUGAAGAAAUCCAGGAGCUGGAGAAGGUUAUGGCUGAAAUAGAACCUGAUACGAACAUACCCACUGGGCUAAGGCAAGAGGACCAGACGGCCAAGCAGCCAACAGGCACUUUUUGCCGAGAGGCUCUGCUGAAGUACUGGGAGGACGAGACUCACAGAUUGCUAGAGGACAGCAUGGAUGAGUGCCAGACAGAUAAGAGCAAAGAGGAAUGUGGCAGUGAAGAGCCUGAGGAUAAUGAAGAGGAAAGAGAGCAAGAAAACCGGGGGCUCAGAACAGGGGGAGAUGGGGAGAAAGAAGCUAGGUCAAGCAAUUGGAAUUUUGUGGACUUAUCCAGAUUAGAUUGCAAGAGGAAUGGGAAUAGCGGUCAAAAACCUAAAGGCAUCCAUAAAGAUGCCCUUCAUCAUCACAUUACACCAGAGAGGCCAAGUGGUAACCCCACUGAUAUUGUUAAGACCUUGGAAAACAUCUUGAGUAACGACACCUCCUUGAAUGAAGUCAACCUCAACAACAUUGAGAACAUAUCCCAAGAGGUUUUGGUGAGCUUUGCUGAUGCAUUAAUCUCCAACACUUACAUUGAGGUUUUCAGCCUUGCCAACACCCAUGCGGAUGACCAAGUAGCUUUUGCCUUGGCCAAAAUGCUGAAGAAGAACUGCAGCAUCACCAACCUUAAUGUUGAGUCCAACUUCAUUUCAGGCAAAGGUAUCCUGGCCUUGAUUGGGGCACUUCAGUACAACACAACACUGGUGGAGCUCCGAUUCCACAACCAGCGGCACAUCUGUGGAGGCCAAGUAGAGAUGGAAAUGGUGAAACUGCUAAGGGACAACACCACCCUGUUGAAACUGGGAUACCACUUUGACUUACCUGGCCCAAGGAUGAGCGCAACUGGUAUUUUAACCCGCAAUCAGGACCGCCAGAGGCAAAUGCGACUGCAACAAAGGAGAGAACAAGACAAUCUAGAAAGAAGUGAGGAACAAUCCAAGGCAUGGGACACUGUGGACAGUACACAGUCUCUUCAGUUCCAGAUUUCAACAGACAAAGAUGCUACACAAGGGAAGCAGCACUUGGUCUCUUCUCAUUUACCAAAACAUCCUCAAAGUCAACCAAAAGUUGUGAAUAAUGUGCCAUCUAGAAAAAUUGCUGAAAUGGUCAAGCAACAAGAAGAAACAGCAAUGGAUAGCACUGUUCGAAACCAGACUAAUGCAAAUAAAGGACUCAAACUCACAGGGGACAAACAUGGCAAGAGCAUUUUUCAAAAUGAAAAACCAGUACUUUUGAGAAGAAAAGAUGAAAGAAAGAGUCAGGGAGGCACACAGGGGUCAACGCGUGAUGAUCUGUUGGCAGCUAUUCGUAGAAGCAGCACUGGUACACUACGAAGGGUCACCAAUAAUCAUCAUUCCUGAGGUAGGCCUAUAAGACGGCUCAAAUAAAAUGAAUCUGUAAAACAAAUAACACAAAUGAAAGCUUUUGUUCUCUUAUCUGGGAUUUGAUAUGAACUACGUUUCAAGUGUUUUUCGUAACUUCUUUCCACCAACAAAAUAUUUUGCUCACUAAGUAGAGUUUGAACCAUGGCUGAACCAGGGUUUAAAAAUGAGUGAGGUCUGGGGUGGGAAAUAAUUUUUUAAGAAUUGUGCACCU